CUUUCUUCUUGAUUAUUCAUCUUAAAAAAAAUCUAAGUUCUAGUUUGAUAAGUCACUUAAAUAUAGUGUGGAACUAACUAGAUAGCUAGCAAGGAGUAGUGUGACUACAAAAUUAAAAUGGGGCACCAUUCUUGUUGUAACCAACAGAAGGUUAAGAGAGGGCUAUGGUCACCCGAGGAAGACGAGAAGCUCAUGCGAUAUAUCUCUACUCAUGGCUAUGGUUGUUGGAGUGAAGUCCCUGAGAAAGCUGGGCUUCAAAGAUGUGGCAAAAGUUGUCGUUUAAGAUGGAUUAACUACUUAAGGCCCGAUAUAAGGAGAGGAAGGUUCACUCCAGAAGAAGAGAAAUUGAUCAUCAAUCUUCAUGAAGUUGUAGGAAACAGGUGGGCACAUAUAGCAAGUCACUUGCCAGGAAGAACAGACAAUGAAAUCAAGAACUAUUGGAAUUCUUGGAUCAAGAAAAAGAUCCGAAAACCCGUUUCUUCCUCCACGCCGUCCGCCCCUUCAACCACAAACACAACCACCACCUCCACCACCACCACCACUUCCGCGCAAGCCCAUGCAGCCAUUGGCUCCUCUAAUUACCCGUUUAUCAUAAGGUUUGGACCCGACCCAAUUCACGGGGUGAAUCAAGAUGGGCCCACAAAGGAGGACACAAUAUCCACACAAGAAAAUAACACAACCCUAAUUCCUUCCUCUUGUCCCUUAUUCAUGUUCGACACAAGUAUCCAAAUCGACCCAGUUAUUAUUGGUGACAACAAUGGUAUUACUAGUAGUAAUGCCAUGGGAUUAAGUACAUCUUACCAACAACAAAUUUGGAAUUCUUGUAACAUGCCAAUAUUCACUAAUAUUGGCACCACUAAUAAUAUGCCAAUAUUUACUGAUUGCACCACUAGUACUAUAAGUACUAUUAGUGGGUUGGAUUUAAUUACUAACAAUAAUAGCAAUAAUUAUAUGCCAAGUUUGGUAGAUAGUAUGGAUAGCAUGGUUCCAAAUGAGGUACAUUCAUGUACAAGUGAAGGUAUUGAACAAGAACAUUAUCGAAUGGCGGUCAAUCAAUGCGUGCCAAGGCAACAUGAAAGCGAUCAUCAUGAUCAAUUGGUGGGUGUUAAUGGAUGGGGAAUGAUUGAAUCACAAAGUUGCCCUAGUUUACUAUUUUGGGAUCAAGUUGAAGAUUUGACUCUUAACAAUAUUGGUGAUGAGGAGCAUCAACUUGGACCGUCUUCGUCGUCCAACACGGGAACAUUGCUCUCUUCUUUCCCUUCUCCUUUAGCUUAUUAUUUCAAGUUAGUAUUGCGGCAUUCUCUUGAAAACUCUUUGCAAAGUUUCGAACUUUACAUCGAUUCCCAGAUCACCCGUCUUCUUCUUCCCAUCACCAUGAUUAUAACUGAGAAGAACCGCCGUGAGAUCAGCAAGUACCUCUUCCAAGAGGGAGUUUGCUUUGCAAAGAAGGACUACAACUUGGCCAAGCACCCAGACAUUGAUGUCCCUAAUCUACAAGUGAUCAAGCUGAUGCAAAGCUUUAAGUCAAAGGAGUAUGUGAGGGAAACCUUUGCUUGGAUGCACUACUACUGGUAUCUGACCAAUGAGGGUAUUGAAUUUCUCCGCAAUUAUCUCAACCUCCCCUCAGAGAUUGUUCCUGCUACCUUAAAGAAGCAGGCGAAGCCUGCUGGCAGACCCAUGGGUGGUGCUCCUGGCCCACGUGGUGGAUCUCGAUUUGAAGGAGACAGGCCUAGGUUUGGUGAUAGGGAAGGCUACCGUUCAGGACCUCGUGGGCAAGGUGAUUUCGGUGAGAAGGGCGGUGCUCCUGCUGACUACAGACCAUCUUUUGGGGGUCCUAGUGGAAGCGGAAGGCCAGCCUUUGGUCGUGGAGCUGGAGGCUUUGGUGCUGCACCACCAAGCUCAAAUCUUCCUUGAAAAUCUACUACUUUGAAAUGAAUAGGACUAUUCCAGUUUUGAAUGUCAUGACAAUUUUGGAUUGAGUUGAAGCUAUAAUCAUUACAAUAUUUUGCAAGAGGCUCCCUUUUAGGAUGAUUACUUGUACCUUGAGUUUUUCUCUGGUUGGUGGAUGUUGUGAAUACUCAAGAGAUCAUCUGCAUGGCCACAAUUUUAAGCUUCUGUUUAUUGCUAAAAUUUUGCUAUUGCCGUCUAUGCUAAAAUUUUGCUAUUUGCCGUC